UAGUUGCAGCAUUUGGACUACAGAGGGCGCAGUUUAGUAAUUCAACAUGGCGGCGAACUUGAAUCCCCCUUCUCAUUUUUCCCAGCCACUUGUUGAUCCAGAAAAGAAAGCUCCAGGAAGUCGCUUGCUGCCUCCCUCCUCCUUCCAGAGCCGGGAUGCUGCUGAUCCAUGGCAGGCCUUGACCAAAGCCAAGGGCAAAAUUGAUCAACUUCAACAAGAGAAUGAACUCCUUCGAAGUUCAAAACCACAGGAAAAGGCAGUUUCAACCGGACAAGAGACCUGUGAACAUCCCUGCAAAGCAAUCUCAAGAGCCCCCGUAGAGCCGCCUCCACCUGCCCCACCGUCCCCCCUCCCUGCACACCAGUUCCUGCACCUCCAGCACACUGCCGACAUCCUGAGCAAGCAGGCCACUGAGCUGGCCCAGGUCAGGUCGGAGGUCAUGACCUUGAGGUCACAGCGGCAGAGAGAGGUCGGGGAGCUGGAGGAGAAGCUAAGGGAAACGGAGGUCAGGUAUAGAACAGAGACAGCGACUCUUACAGCAGCAAGGAAAUGCCAAGAGGAAGAACACACGGCACAGAUGAGCAUUCUGAGGAGAACACACGAAGCAGAGAUGGCAUCCAAACAGGACAUGAUCACAAGUCUGAAAGAAGACUCAAAGAAAACUCAGACACUGUAUCAGCAGGAAGUGAGUCAACUGAGGGAGAAGUUACUCACGAGUGAGGAGGGGAGCGAGAAGAUCAGGAAUGAGCUCACCAACAGCAACAGAGAGAAAGGCCUAGCUGUCGAGUCCUUGCAGAGUCGGGUGAACAAACUCAAGGCGUACAUCGGCGACACCCAGGCAGCCAGUAGGAGCACCGCACUGUGGCAAGUAGAGAGAGAAAAACACCUCAAGAAAAUCAAAGAUUUGGAGAGGGAUUUGGACAAUCAACGAUCCGCUGUACAGCUGCUGAAUGUUCGUCUGUCAUCAACCAAUGAGAUCCUUGGAAUCCAGGAGGCAGAGUUAUCAAGGGUUAAAGGUGAAAGUGCAGAUAGUGGGAAGAAACUGCAGCUGCUUCUGACAAGGUGGCGGGAGAAAGUGUUUGAGCUCCUUGUUCAGCUGAAAUCACAAGAGGUUGUUGAAGGAAAUAUCAGGAGGGACCAUAAUUGGCAGGUAACUGAGUUGGAAGAGAAGACAACCAGCUUGCAGAAUAAAUGCCACCUCUUGGAGCAUUCCAUUGCUGACAGGGAUGCACAGCUUCAACUUGAGAGGGGACAGAGUCAGAGUCUUCAAGAUGAGUUGGCAUCAGUGCAACAGGUUGCAGAGCUCCUAGAUGCAAAACUGAGUGCACAUGAAGAGACCGUGCCCCAACUGACAUCCUUGCUACAAAGCUUUCAACAGAAACACACAGCAAUGGAGGAAAAUCUUGUCAGUCUGGUGUGCAGACUGGGCUCCUUUGAUCAGCGAAUCAGCUUUGCAGUUGGCCGCAUUGAAAUCCUCAAAGGAUUGAUUGCCAGGAAGGAUGCGUUGUGGAGACUGAGAGAGCAAGAGAUACAGACAAGUAGUCAGACGCUGACCAAAGAUGAUGAUGAGAACACACAGAAUAAUGGUGACAGACUAUCAUUUGACCAGUUGAAGAUGGAGUUACAGCAGGUGACACGUGAACGGGAUGCCCUAGCAGCGAGGAUCAAACAGGACUCUGAAACCAUGCAGGAACAGUUCAAUGAAGUCAGAGCAAAAUUUGAAGCCAGACAAGAGCAAGAUGCAGCCAGACUGCAGGAGUUGGAAUCCCAACUUCGGGAAAGGUCGAAGGAUCUGCAGAGUGUUUCCAGCAAACUGGACCGUGCCGAGUCUGAAAGCCAGGAAUCACACAGGACCAUCGGUAGGCUGAAGACGGCGUUAGCCAAACUGCAGUUGUCAAGUGAGAGAGCUUCUGUGGAUAAGAUGGUAGCUAUGGAGACUCAAUUGACCAAUCAGCUUGCAGAGAUGGAGAAACGACUGAAUGAUGCAAGACGUGAACAGGCCAAAGCUGUUGUUUCUUUGAGGCAGCUUGAACGGCAGAUGACACGUGAGCGAGAGAGAUCCGCUCAGAUGCUGCAGACACAGGAGGAACAACUGCAGUUGGAAAUUGAUAGAAUCACAGCCCUGUUGAGAGAGGCUGACAAAGACAGGAACCUCCUCAUGGCAACGCUGAAGCAAGAAGGCCUUGUUGGUCAGUACAAGGCACAGCGGGCCGCAGCACGGAGACUCGACAGUGAGAUGGAUGAAUCAACCCAGACACCAGCCAAUCAGGAUGCAGCAAAACAAGGGCAGGUCAAGGGUCAACCAGCACACCAUGCCAAACCAAAAGCUCCCUUGAGUGCAAUCCUCACUGAUCUUCAGUCACUUACAGCUCAAGUCUUGGCAGACGAAGAUAUCGAUGACAGUGAUGUUGAGAACAAUGACAAAGGAUAGGCGAUUCACCUCAAGAAGGCACACUUUGUUCUACACGCAACAUUAAUAAUGUCUUGGUGGUCCAGAAGUACAUUGCUAUGGAGACAAUUUGGGUUUAAAAAUGCACAUACAAUGUACAUUCAAAAAUAUUUUUUUUCCCAUUUGCCAAAAGUGAUGAAUAAAUUAGUAAUUGGUGUAUCAAACAUUCAGAUUGUGUCUU